GAACCAACGAACGAAUGAAGAUGGAGCCUAGUGAGAUGAGGGCGGCGAACUGCAAACGAUCAGUUUGCCUCAGGCCGGGUAGAGCCUAGGCAGGGAGAGAGCCCCUUGCGUGCUGAGCGGCGGGUCUGGACUCUAGCCUGCGAUGCCAGCGCAAGGUGAGGCGUGCACUCCCCGGGCUCCUAGAAGCUGUGUGAAGGGGCCGAGGGUGGACACCAGAGCACAUCAAGGUGCCGGCUGGGAGAUGCUCCAGGCCCGAGCCACCGUGGGAGGAAGAGUGCAGGCCAUCUGCGAGGGCAAGGAUCCCCUGAGAUGUUCCAGACCUGCUAACCGCCCCCCCCCCCCCCGCCCCCGGCAAUUCCCUGGCGAUCACAGAGCUCAGUGGAGAAUGGGCUUCCUGCUCCGUUAUAGACCAGCCUUUGAUCCUGGGGUUUAGGAUUAUUCAGUGUGCAGAAGCCAGCCAAUGAGGUGGCCAUCCAGGGAGGGCCUGCUUCCUGUUGGUAGACUGAGCCCUGGGCAGUCUCUCCUGGAUGUCAGUCAGAGGCUGAGAGCAGAGGCCAUCCUGUCACCGCCCUGGACAUUCAAGUCUGUUGUGAUAGCAGGGCUGCCAGGAAGGGUGUGCAGGGACACCUGGCUCACUCCCUCGCGGCAUUUGAGGUUCAGGCACAGCAGACCUCCAUGGCUCCUUACCACAUCCGCAAAUACCGGGAGAGCCACUGCACACAGGUCCUGGACUUGUUCUCCCGGGCAAUGGAUGAGUACGUCCCCACCACCUUCCGCCACGUCCUGAAGCUGCCCCAAACCCUGGUGCUCUUGCUUGGGGUGCCCCUCGCCCUUUUCCUGGUCUCUGGCUCCUGGCUCCUGGCCCUCCUAGCCAGCUUCACCCUCCUCACUGCUCUGAGAUUCCUCUCCAAAUACCCCUGGAGCAAGUUUAAAGUCAUGUGCUUGCGCACAGACCUGUCCGACAUCAGCAAGUCCUACUUGAGUGAGCCUGGCUCCUGCUUCUGGGUGGCCGAGGCUGAGGGGCAGGUGGUGGGCAUCGUGGGCGUGCUGCCCGUCAAGGAGCGCCCCCUGCCCAAGGAGCAAUUGCAGCUGUUUCACCUGUGCGUGGCCUCGGGGUGGCGGCAUCAGGGGAUAGCGAAAGCCCUGGUCAGGACCGUCCUGCAGUUCGCGCGCGACCAGGGCUACCGCCAAGUCGUCCUCAUCACCAGCGUGCUGCAGCAUUCGGCCUUGGCCCUCUACCAGCGCAUGGGCUUCCAGAAGACGCACCAGUUCUUCUUCUCCCUGAGCUGGAGGCUAAUUGCUAUUCCUUCCGUUAUGUUUGUCUACCACCUGCCCUCUGCUCAGGCCUCUCAGGCACAGGAGUAGAAGGGGGGCUGGUGAUCCAGUUCCUGGUGGCUUAGUCAGGAGAGGGCUGGCUCUGCUGAGGUAGCAAGCAAACCCCGAAGUCUCAGUGUGACAGCACAGUGAGAGCUCACUGUUCCUUCUGUGGGAAGCCCGGGGGUGGGGGCGGGGAGGGUUCUGCUCCUUUCUGUCUUUUGGGGUGGCCACUGUUUCAUUUAUCCAGUGCCACGAGAAGGCUGAGUUAAAACAAACCAAUAAACA